AAACGACCGAAAAAUCCAAAAACGGUCCCCAAUCGGUCGAAUAGGCACUGGUUUUGUUCUCGAACAGCGUGUCGUUUCCGGUUCCCGCCCAGUUCCAUUUUGCUCGCUCGAACUCCACCAUGGGCAACUCGUCCAAGGACGAUUCCGCCACCUCCGGCGACGCCUCCGCCGGCGAUGUUCAGCCAUCAAAUUCUAGUUUCUACUCCGAGGGCGAGAAAGUACUCGCUUACCAUGGCCCUCGCAUCUACGAAGCCAAGGUGCAAAAGGCUGAGAUCAGAAAGAAUGAAUGGAGAUACUUUGUUCACUACCUUGGCUGGAAUAAAAAUUGGGAUGAAUGGGUAGGUGAGGACCGUUUAAUGAAACAUACUGAAGAGAAUGUCACAAAACAACUGGCCCUAGACAAAAAGCAAAGUGUAGACAAGAAUGUUAAAUCUGGGCGUUCAACUCAAGGAAAGGCCAAAAAUUCUAUGGAUGCCAAAGUUGAUAAAGAGGACAUCAAGAAUAAUGUGUCAAAAGGGAAGAAACGAAAGAAUGAUGCAGGAGUUGAGAAGGGCAGUGGGACUGUUGAGAAGCUUGUCAAGAUUCAAAUUCCUGCAACAUUAAAGAAACAGCUUGUGGAUGACUGGGACUUUGUUACACAGCAGGAUAAGCUUGUAAAACUUCCUCGUUCACCUACUGUUGAUGAAAUUCUGACAAAGUACCUUGACUACAAAUCAAAGAAGGAUGGCAUGGCAGCUGAUUCAAUAGGAGAAAUUUUGAAAGGAAUAAGAUGUUAUUUUGAUAAAGCAUUGCCUAUGAUGCUCUUAUACAAAAAGGAACGCAAGCAAUAUAGUGAAGCAAUUGUUGAUAAUGUAUCUCCUUCAACCAUAUAUGGGGCUGAACAUUUAUUACGCCUCUUUGUCAAGUUACCUGAGCUUUUGGCUUAUGUGAAUAUUGAAGAGGAAACAUUGAAUCGCUUGCAGCAGAAAUUGCUCGACUUUCUCAAGUUUUUGCAGAAGAAUCAAAGUACCUUCUUUCAUUCAGCAUACGAUGGCAUCAAAGUCUCCGAAGGAAAAGGAAAGGGGAAGGAUGAAUGAGAAGCAACAUACAAUGUAGUCUUCAUCUGUUGUAUUCUUACUGAUUGGCAUGUAGACAAAUGUCAUCUUUCCCUUGAAAAAUUCAGGGCAGAAACUCCAUUGUUGUUGUAACUUUAAGAACAUUGACUAAUUCAUUCUUUGAUUUUUCAAGUUUACGUAUCUUGCAAAUGCUAUACAGUUGAAACCUUUGAUGACUCUGAUAGAUGUUUCUAUUAUGACCAUUUUAGGUCUGGGAUGAGCAAAAAUAGUGACUAGUGAAAUCUAGUUUGGCUUGGUUGUUUUAUUGCUGGCCUGGAAUAAUAAUGUUGUGGGGCUAGACCGACCCAUUUUUAACCGGGUUGCACACAAACUGAGUGAAAAAAAGUACAAGUAUGUUUAGUUUAAUUUUUUACAUUUUUUUAUAAUUAUAAAAUAUUUCAUUUUUAUUUUAUUUUUCCUUUAAAUAUUUAUUUAAAAAUGAAAAGAUGGAUUUUUACAUUAUUUUUACUGUUUCUUUUAAAAUUAUUUAAUAAUUAAAGAGUAAAAAUAUGCUGAAACUUUUACAAUUAAUUGAAGUAGCAAAAAAUAAAUAAAAAAACUUAGGUUAAACAGAUCUUCUCCCUUUUACAUGUUUUUGUAUCUUCAUAAGUUUUGUAAAAUGAAAUGAAAAAUCAUAGAUUUGGUGAUUAAGAUUAGAAGAACAUAAUAUUACGUUAUCGUUUAAUGAACUCAAGUUGCCAUAUUUAAUGUGUUUUUAUUUAUAAUUAUUUUCCUUCCUGUACCCGUCUUUUAUCAAUGAAAAAGAAAAAUUAAAAUGGUGUAGUAUUAUAAUUUCAGAGUUUUCACGGAAUCAUUCCUUUUAGUUAGGCCUCCCACUAAAAUUUACCGAUUACUUACCAGGGACGGCCCUCACAGCAGCGUACCCAAACUAUUGGAAUGAGCAC